GGGGGUGAGAAUGCUGCUGCUGCUAGGCGUCGGAGUGGCCCUGAUGGGUGGCCUCCAUGCUGUAGCCCCCUAUGGCAGGGAGUUCAUCACAGCCUUCAUGGCAAACUACAAGUUGGACCAUCCCGGGGCUCAAUUCCAGCUCUUCAUCUCUGGCUACUCCUCCUCCACCAAAGUCAGUGUCUUAGUCUACAAAUCCCAAUUCCGGAGCAACUUUGUCCUCACUGGGGGUCAAACACAAGUUGUGAAGAUCCCACCUUAUGUUGAAAUGUCCGGCACUGCUAAAUCCUGCAACACCAUCUUAGUGCGAGCCGAUCAAGACAUUUCUGUGUUGGCCUUCAACUCCAAGGAGAAUACCGCUGACACAAACGUGGUCUAUCCUGUACACAGCCUGGGCACAGAAUAUUACAUCCUCACACCUGCUGGAGAUGGAGCCGGGUUAUAUAAGGAGUUCUCCAUCAUUGCAUGGCGUGAUCCCGUUCAAGUGGAGAUCAAUCUCAAGGGAAGUGUGAGAUUUCAGGAGCGCAUCUACCAAGCAGGGACCAAGCUGACCGUUUCCCUUUUACCCUAUGAAGCUGUCCAGUUCCAAAGCAGGCAGGAUCUCUCUGGCACACGCAUCCGGUCACCACAACCAGUGGCAGUGCUGAGCGGCCACAGCUGCGCCCGUCAGAACACCAAGUGCAACCAUGUCGUGGAACAGUUACUGCCUGUGGCUAGCUGGGGUCGGGCCUUCUUGGUCCCCCCGCUCUCCUUCCAGAUGAAGUAUGACAUUGCAUAUAUUGUUGCCUCCCAGACCACUCUCGUCACGUACUUCUCUGGUGGGGCCCAUAAGAACCAGCUUCUCAUGGCUGGGACAGUUUUUCAGCUGGAAGUCAAACAGCUGAGUCCCCUCUACAUCUCAGCCAGUGCUGGCAUACAAGUCUUUUUCUUCUGCACUGGCGGUUCUCGUAAAGGGGUAGCGUUUGACCCCUUCCUCCUCAGCAUCCCAGAUAUAUCCAGUUAUUGCACCUCCUACUCCCUCAGGAGCCAGAAGGGCUUUGAGAAUUAUGUCCUUGUAAUUGCCAAGAAGGCAGCUGCUGCGGGGAUCACCAUGGAAGGACGACCGUUGAGUAGAGUUUCUUGGAAACAAUUUCCAGGAUCAGAAUAUGUGUGGGGUGAAUACAGCCUGGGGAAAGAAGUGAGCCAGUAUACCAUGGGCCACCCCAACACUGCCUUUGGACUGCUGAGUUUUGGCAUUGCCCAUCAAAACGGUUAUGGGGCAGUUGCCCUCUGUCAAAGUGCUUAUCAACCUCCACCCAAACCAUCCUGCAGUUCCACACAAUGCCGGAAGAAGGAAGCCUGCCAGAUAAUCAAUGACCACCCAGUUUGUGUAGCACAGUCCAGUGCCACCUGCUGGGCCCUGGGCGACCCUCAUUACCAGACUUUUGACAAGCGAAACUACGACUUCAUGGGUACCUGUACCUACACCAUGGCCAAGACCUGUGGGUCAGAUACAACCCUCCCAUCUUUUCACAUCACGGCUAAAAAUGAAAACCGGGGCAGCCAGACCGUCUCCUAUGUUGGAUUUGUGACAGUCCAGGUCUAUGGGCAUCUCAUAAUGGUGGCCAGAAAUGAAUAUGGCCUAGUCAGGGUGAACCACCAGCGUUCCCGGCUGCCCAUCUCCCUCCACGAUGGGAAACUGCGUCUCUAUCAGAGCGGGAGGUCAGUAGUGAUGGAGACUGACUUCUCACUAAAAGUCUCCUAUGACUGGAACACCUACCUGGUGGUGAAGAUCUCCAGCAGCUUUUUCGAGAAUGUUUGCGGCUUGUGCGGUAACUACAACGAGGACCCUGCCGACGACUUCAAAACAGCAAGCGGAUCCUUGGCCCCCAGCCCUGUGGAGUUUGGGCAAAGCUGGAAGGUGGAAGAUGGUGACAGGCAGUGCCGGGAUGACUGCCACGGAGAAUGCAAGAAGGUGACCUUGGAGGUGCUCAUCAGAUACAAAGCUGAGCUUUUCUGCGGCUGGAUCAGCAAAAAAGAGGGUGGCCCGUUCAGCCAGUGCCACUCAGUCAUCGAUCCGCAGAUCUUUGUGUACAACUGUGCCUAUGACCUCUACAUCUACGAGGGCUACAGAGAGGCUUUGUGCCAAGCACUGAAGAGCUACGCAGAUGCCUGCCAGAGAGAAGGUGUUGUCUUAUCUGACUGGAGGACACUCACUGGCUGCACUCUGUCCUGUCCUGAGAACAGUCUCUACAAGGUCUGUGGCUCUGCAUGUCCUGCCACCUGCAACGACCAAGCCGCUCCCACCAGCUGCUCUUCAUUGCCAUGCAUGGAGACCUGCCAGUGCAAGGAGGGCUUCGUGUUGGAUGCUGGGAAAUGCAUCCCUCGGGCUGCCUGUGGGUGUGUUUUCGAAGGAAAGCUCUUCGCCCCCAAUGAGCAGUUCUGGGGCGACGGCUCAUGCACAAGGCGUUGCAUCUGUGACCCGCAAACCAAGCAAGUGACAUGCCAGACAGCGAAUUGCAAGAGUGGAGAACAGUGCAGAGUUGAAAACGGUAUCCAGAACUGCUACCCAACCAGCUACAGCACAUGCACUGCCAUUGGCUACUCCCACUAUCACACCUUUGAUGGCCAGAGUUUUAACUUCCAGGGCACCUGUCUCUACCAGUUUGCGGGACUGAGCAAGAAGAACCAGGAGUUGGUAGAUUUCCAGGUGCUGGUCCAGAACUCACGCCAAGGUGGAUUUUCACUGUCCCUCAACAAAGUGGUCAAGGUUCAAGUCUAUGGGAUGGAGAUUACCCUCAGUUGGGCUUAUCGGGGAAGGAUCAUGGUAAAUGGCGUGCUGACUCAUCUACCCUACAGGAUGGGCUUGGAGCAAAUAUCCAUCAACAGAAAGGGUUGGAAUAUGGUGAUCCAAACGAAUUUUGAUGUCACCGUCACCUUUGACUGGCAAAGCCACCUCACAGUCACCGUUCCCAGAUCCUACGCAGGGGCUCUCAGCGGUCUCUGUGGCAACUUCAAUGGUGACAAACAAGAUGACUUGACCUCCAGGGACAGUGGGGAAGCUUUGCCUACAACAGCGUUGGGUCAGCAGCACUGGAGGGUGGCAGAAUCCCUAGGAUGCGGAGAAGCAAGCCUAAAGGUGUGUCCAGACUUGGAAGCCAUUGCCCAGCGCCAGCGAGGCAUCCGUGCAGAAUGCGGACUCCUUGUGGACAAGAGUGGCCCAUUUAGGGAGUGCCAUGGCAAAAUCGACCCCGAGGUGUUUUUCCUUGACUGUGUCUAUGACUUCUGUAUGUUCAAAGGUCAACAGGCUGUGUUGGGCCAAGUCAUCACUGCCUAUGCCAUGGCCUGUCAGACCAUUCAGGUCACCAUCUAUAUUUGGAGGAUCCACAUCUUUUGGAAGCCGGUCUGCCCCCAAAACAGCCACUACGAGCUCUGUGCCAGAGGCUGUCAACAGACCUGCGGCAGCCUCUACUCACCCCUUCCCUGUUCCGCACACUGCACAGAAGGCUGUGUCUGUGACAAAGGCUUUGUGCUGAGCGGUGACCGUUGCGUCCCCAUGUCUGAAUGUGGCUGCGUGUAUCAGGACCGGUACUACUCAGCUGGGCAGACCUUUCAUCCAACCCAGAAGUGCAAUCUGCAAUGUGUGUGCCAGGCCGGUGGGGUCGUCACCUGUAAGGAAUUCUCCUGUGGCCCAAAUGAACAGUGCAGGCUGGUUGAUGGCAUCCAGAAAUGCCACUCAAUGGGUUCAGCCUCUUGCCUGGCCACUGGCGAUCCUCAUUAUAUCACCUUCGACAAAGUGCAUUUCAACUUCCAGGGCACUUGCACUUACAUUCUUGCUAAGACCCGUAUCACUGACAAGACACACUUGACACCCUUCACUGUCAAAGAGGAGAAUGAAGCCUGGGGCAGUGGGAAAGUCUCUGUCACAAAGAUGAUCUCGGUGGAGGUCUACGAUACUACACUUACCCUGCUGCAGAACAAAAAGGGGCUGGUCAAGGUGAACGGUGUGUUCCAGCCGCUCCCUGUGGCCCUUUUGGACGGACGUCUCAGAGCCUAUCAGCACGGUGAUAACGUUGUAAUAAGAACUGACUUUGGCCUUUUUGUGCACUACAACUUGGUUUACCGUGCCGUGGUUACCGUCCCAAGCAGCUACCAGGGCCAGAUGAGUGGACUGUGUGGGAACUACAAUGGGCGGAAGGACGAUGAGUUGCUUCUCCCUGAUGGAAGAGCGGCCUCUGACGUAGCUGCAUUUGGAUCUGCCUGGAAAGUCCCAGUCCCUGGGGCAGUGGGAUCCUGCUCAGACGGAUGCUCUGGGAACAACUGCCCGCUCUGCGAGGAGAGGAAGAAGGACAUUUUUAAAAGGCGCAACUACUGCGGGCUGCUCACUGUGUCAGAUGGGCCCUUCAGUGCUUGCCACAGCAAAGUCGACCCCGGUGUAUAUCUCGAAGACUGCAUCUAUGAUCUCUGCCUGGGCAAUGGGGACAACCAAGUCUUGUGCCAGAGCAUUGAGAGCUACGUGUCUGCUUGCCAAGAGGUUGGGGUCUCUGUCCAGCCUUGGAGGAGUCCAUCCUUCUGCCCUCUGAGCUGCCCGCCCAACAGCCAUUAUGAGCUCUGUGCUGACGUUUGCUCUGCUGACUGCGCUGGGAUCACCGACUCCCGAUCGUGCCCUGAGACUUGCUCGGAGGGCUGCCAGUGCGACAAUGGAUUCUUCUUUGAUGGUCUCGGCUGCGUCACUGUAGAGAGCUGUGGCUGUUCUGCCAAUGGAAUUUAUUAUAAGCCCAACGAGCGAGUCCUGCGGAACGAAUGCCAGCAAAUCUGCAGUUGUAUCCCUGGCCAGGGAGUCACCUGUGAGGCCCACAGCUGCACUAGUGAUGAGACCUGCAAAGUCCAGGAUGGGCUCAUGAGCUGCAUCAAUAAAGAUCCUUGCAAAACAUUAACGUGUCGGACCAAGGAGACCUGCAAGCUGGAGAACGGCCGGGCGACCUGCGUCCCGCUCUACAAUGAGAGCUGCUGGGGCUGGGGUGACCCGCACUAUCACACCUUCGAUGGGCGGGACAUUGAUUUCCAGGGCACCUGCACCUACACCCUUGCCAAGUACUGUGGCAAUGACUCCACGCUGGUACCAUUCAUGGUGGAUGAGAAAAACGACAAUAGGGGCAGCCAGGCCGUUUCCUUUGUGAAAAUGGUCCACAUCUAUGUGUACGGGCACAACAUCUCCAUCUACAGGAAAGAAGCUGGAAAAAUCCGGCUGAAUGGGGUCAUCACAAACCUGCCCGUGACUCUUGAGGAUGGGAAGAUGCAGCUCUUCCAGAGCGGCAUCAAAGCUAUACUGAAUACUGACUUUGGGCUGGUGGUUUCUUACGACUGGAGCUGGAUGGUGGAGAUAACCCUGCCCAGCAGCUACUAUGGCGCCAUCUGUGGCCUCUGUGGGAAUUUCAACCAAAACCCAGACGAUGAUAUGGUGACUCUCACCGGCAACACGGCUGCUUCGGAGGUGGAGUGGGGCAGAAGCUGGAAAGUGAAGGACCGCGACCCUUUCUGCUGGGACUUUUGCAAGGGAGACUGCCCUGUCUGUGAAGAGCAGCAACGCCGGCUCUUUGAGAGCGAGGAGUUCUGCGGGUUGAUCGCCAAGGGAGACGGGGGACCCUUCCGCGAAUGCCAUUCCAAGUUAAACCCCGAAGACUUUUUUGACAGCUGUGUCUAUGAUGUCUGCCUCAACGGCGGUGCCAAAAACAUCCUGUGCCAAGCUUUGAGUGCCUAUGCUACCCAAUGCCUCAAAGAAGGUGUGGUUCUCCGGGACUGGAGAGUGCAGAGCGGCUGCGCUUUGCCCUGCCCUGAAAACAGCCACUACGAGGCCUGCGGAAGUGCCUGCCAGGCCAGCUGUGCUGACCGCUCUGCUCCUUCCUUAUGCAGUCUGCCCUGCUUGGAAACCUGCCAGUGCAACGAGGGCUACGUUCUCAGCGCUGAGAAAUGUGUCCCAGUGGGGACCUGUGGCUGCACUUACAACGGUCUCUACUAUAAACCUGGCGAGGAGUUCUGGGCAGACGAGAAGUGCAGCUCUCACUGCAGGUGUGAUCCCACGCUGGGCAUGAUGGUGUGCCAGCCGGCUAGCUGCAAGGCCAGUGAGAGGUGCGCCAUGGUCGACGGUGUCCGGGGCUGCCAUGCCCGCAGCCAUGCCACUUGCUCAGUGGCUGGAGGCCACCACUAUGCUACCUUUGACGGGCAGAGAUAUGAUUUUACAGGCACUUGCAUCUACCAGCUGGUUGGUCUGUGCUCCAAUGACUCUACUCUCACCCCGUUCACCAUCAAGAUCUGGAACAGCCAAGGCAGUAAGACGGCACCGUUCUCUUCUGUAGUUACCCUGGAAGCGUAUGAUAGAACCAUCACGAUCAGCCAGGACCGUCCUCACACGAUCCAGGUGGACGGGAUAUUUGUGGAUCUGCCUUUCUACCAUGAAGAUAAGAUCAAGGCCUACAUCAGCGGAGCCCACGUCCUCGUCACCACCAAGUUCGAUCUCACCAUGACCUUUGGCUGGAACAGGCUGAUACGCAUCACUAUUCCUAAUACCUAUUUCAAUGCCGUUUGUGGCCUCUGCGGCAAUGACAACGGGGAACCGGGUGAUGAUCUGACCAUGAAGGAUGGGCACGGGGCAGCCAAUGCCGUCCAGUUUGCAGAGAGCUGGAAGGUAGGAGAGACCCCUGGCUGUGUGAAUGGAUGCACCAGCAAUUGCCCAGUGUGCAAAGAAGCCCAGAAGCAAACCUAUGGGGGAGACCAAUAUUGUGGGAUCCUCACCAGGAACGACGGCCCUUUCAAGGAGUGUCACAAGGCCAUCGACCCAGCACCCUACCUCACUAACUGCAUCUCCGAUGUCUGCCAGAACAAGGGAUAUCAUGAACGUCUCUGCCAUGCUAUCAGUGCCUACGUGACAGCUUGCCAAGCUCAAGGCAUCCAGAUUGGGCAAUGGAGAUCGGCUUCUUUCUGCAGCCUCUCCUGCCCACGAAAUUCACACUAUGACCUCUGUGGAAACGGGUGCCCCACCACCUGCCAUGGCCUCUCAGCUCCCGAUGGAUGUCAGAUUGCCUGCAAAGAAGGUUGCUAUUGCAAUGCCGGCUUUGUGCUGAGCGGAGAUCAGUGUGUCCCCAUCGGGGAGUGUGGCUGCGUGCAUCAGGGCAGGUACCACAAGAAGGCCGAUGUUUUCUUCCCCAGCCCCUCAUGCCGGGAGAGAUGCCGCUGCACAGACAACGGAGCUGUGGAAUGCCAGAGAGUCUCCUGCGGGGUCCACGAGGAGUGUGGAGUGGAGAACGGUGUCCAAGGUUGCCACCCUGCCAGCUGUGGCAGAUGCACUGUGUCCGGAGGAUCCCAUUACCUGACUUUUGAUAGGCAGAUCGUCAUCUUCCCAGGUUCCUGUACUUACACCUUGGCCAAAGUCUGCAGCAGAGACCCCGGCCUUGUCCAGUUUUCCGUGGUGGUGGAGAACGAGAACUCAGGUGGCAGCAAAGUUGUGACCAAGGCAGUUGUGGUCACCGUUCAUGGUUACACCAUCAGCCUCAUGAACUGGAAGGUUCAGGUGGAUGGAGAGACUUUUGCUCUGCCGCUGGUGAUAGGGAGGAGAAAAGUUUGGGUGAAUCAAGAAGGAAAGAAUAUCGUGAUCCAGACUGACUUUGGCCUGAAGGUCCUCUUCGAUCCCUCCUAUUAUGUCCUGGUGUCCGUUCCCGCCACGUACCGUGGACACAUGUGUGGCUUGUGUGGCAACUUCAACGGUGACAAGACUGAUGAAUUCCUACUGCCCAAUGAGAAAACCAUCCAGAAUGUGACUGAGUUUGGGGCAUCCUGGAAGGUGCCUGUCCAAAAUGCUGCGUGUUCGGAUCGCUGCAGGCAGAAUUGCCCUGACUGUGCCUCAAUCAAGACAAGUCCGUACCGGGCAGAGAGCUCCUGUGGGCUGAUUGUAGCUAAAUCGAGUCCUUUCCGCGACUGCCACUCCGUGGUGAAGGCUGCGGACUAUUUUGACCUCUGCCUGUAUAGUAUGUGUGCUGCUGGAGGGGCAAAGGAUAUCCUCUGCCAGAGCCUUCAGGCUUACAUGACUGUGUGCCAAGCAUUUGGAGUAAAGAUCGAGGCUUGGAGGACAGCUUCCUUCUGCCCUCUCUCCUGCCCAGCCAACAGCCACUAUGAGCCGUGUACCAGGUCCUGUGAUUUUACCUGUGCCAGUCUGUCUGCUGCCCCCUCUCUGUGUACCAAGAAGUGCUUUGAAGGCUGCCAAUGCGAUGUCGGCUACGUGUCUGAUGGAGAAACAUGUGCACCUCUUGAGAGGUGUGGCUGUGUGCAUAAUGGACACUACAUCAAGGCUGAAGAAAGCAUAAUCUCCAAAGACUGUUCCGAGAAAUGUAGCUGUCAUGCCUCAGGCCGGCUCACGUGUGAAAAACUCAGCUGCAAGACUGGCGAGACUUGCACCCUUAAGGAUGGUGUGCGUGGUUGUGUGAAACAGGAAGCUCAAUGCACGCUCGCCGUAGGAGGCCAACUCACCUCCUUUGAUGGUGCCUCAGGGGAAGUACUCUACACUGGGGCCUACGAAGUGGUAUCUCUCUGUAACACUGCAGACCGCACCUGGUUCCGAGUGGUAGUGGAUGUGAAGACUUGCAACGAUGGAGAAGUGAUGGCUGGCGCAGCUAUCUAUGUUUUCUUCCGAGAGACCUUUAUCGCCAUCAACAAGGACAAGGAGACUUGGGUGAACGGACAACCAGCGCAGCUCCCGGUGACCAUCUCCGAAACUGUGUCCAUUCGCCUGUCCCAGGACGUUGUUACGAUCAGUCAAGGAGCAGCUCUUCAGGUACUCUUUGGCCUCAGAGGGGAAGUGACAGUGAAGGUCAAGGCAACCUUGGAAGGCAAGCUUUGCGCAUCCUGUGGAAACUUCAAUGGAGACAGCUCCGAUGACCUGAGGCUACCCAAUGGGAAAAUUGUGGGGAACAUUGCAGAGGUUAUUGACGCCUGGAAAGCCAGAGACUUCAGUGGCUGUGAGUAAUAACCCCAAGUGACCUUGGAACCAGCUCCUUCCAGCUACAUCUGUGAUCAUCAACCAUGGCCACUUCCCAAGAAAUUUCUUGGUGCUUACUGAGCCCCAACACGCUGUUGUACAAAAGAAGAAUGUUAUACAAUGCAAACCUGCGACAAAUGUCAAUAAAGGAUCUGCAGUUUUGAAAAUGUUA